GCUGAUCUCCCUUGAAAUACUAGUCUAGUCUACUACUAGUCACUAGUGCAGCCAAUGCAGCAAAGUGGAAUAGUGCCAUAGUCUUGAGCAUAGUAAUAAAUAGUGUAGAUCUAUGUAAUCCAUAAAUAAAACCAUAAUAGUUAUACUCACCUCACUAAGUGAACUAAAGAGGAUGAACCAAGAUAACACUAGUAAUUCUGACAACCUUAAUCCACAACCUUCUCAUGUCAGUACAGGUUCUUCUGUGAGAAGAAAUGUUGAUGCUUCUGGCAAAGCUGGAUUUGAGAGACGUGAGAAAAGGAGAAACAUUAGGCUACUGCAAAAAGCCAUAAUGGACAGGGACAUUGAAAUGAUCAAAACUAUUUUAAGUUCUGAAUUUGAAAUAGAUUUCCAAUAUAGUAGCCAAACUUCCCUUCAGUUAGCUGUUUGUCAAGGAUAUGCAGAUAUUUGUUCUUUACUCAUAGCUAAGGGUGCUAAUGUCAACCAGGCUGAUGCAGGUGGGAACUCACUGCUCAACAUGGCUUGUUGGAGAGGUUUCUCUGAUGUUGUUCAAUUAUUAGUUGAUCAUGGUGCUGAUUUGGAUUUACAAAAUGAAUCGGGUAACUCAGCAUUAAAUGCUUGUGCAGUUAAAGGAUUUAAAGAAAUAGCUGAGAUUCUAAUAUUAGCCAAAUGCAGUUUGAACCUGGCUAACAAUAAAGGAUUCACACCUUUGUACAAUGUUUCUCAAUCUGGUAAUAUUAGCAUGGUUCAACAAUUACUAAAGGCAGGGGCAGAUCCGGAUUGGGGAGAUUAUACUUUUAAAACUCCUUUAAUGGUGGCUGUAGAAGCAGGACAUGUGGAUGUUGUCAAGGCACUCUUACAAGCAGGAGCUGAUGUCAACAAAAAGAGCAGAUCUGGGCGUACAGCUGCUUAUGAAGCUGCUAGUGUGGGACAUGAGGAAAUUAUGAAAGUUCUAAUUGAAUACCAUGCUGAUUUGAAUAACUCCACUGUAAAAGGCUUCACCCCAUUGCUAGAAGCCAUAUCUAGCAAUCAUACAAAAGUGGCAAAAAGUUUGAUAUCGUCUGGCUGUGAAGUGAACCUGGCAGACAGAAAACAGUGGGCACCACUACAUGCUGUCAUUAGACAAGUUUCCAUGAUGUUUGACCCUGAAGAGAAUAGUGAAAUGCGAAGUUUGGUUGAAGAAAUGGUGAAGGCUGGAGCAGAUGUCAAUAAAAUGGAUGGAGAAAACUGGACACCCUUGUAUCAAGCUGCUUCUGCAGGUGACUUUGAAAUGUGUAAGUUUUUACUGGCUAAUGGGGCUUCUGUUAACCUGGUGACCAAAAAGGGGAGUUCAGUCUUGCAUGCAGCUGUUUAUGGUGGCAAUAAGGACAUUGUCAAGCUGUGUCUGGAUGCAGGCUGCUCUGUGAAUGCAGUGGACAUCAAUGGUCAGCAUGCACUUUUAGCAUCUGUAGCAUCACGCUGUAAUUUAGAGAUUAUAGAGCUUCUACUUGAGGCUGGAAGUGAUGUGAAUAUUAGGAAUACAAUAACCAAGCAGACAGCCCUCCAUGAAGCUAUCUGCCAACAUUACUCCCUAGCGGCUCAUCUCCUUAUAGAUAAAGGCAGCAACUUGGAUGCCUUAAACUCUGAACAUAAAUCUCCUUUAUAUUUGGCCUGUUGGCGAGGCCUGACUGAGAUUGUUUCCUACAUGCUAAGCAAGAGUGGUUGUUCUACUUCCUGCAUCUACCCCAAUGCAUUACCCAUUCAUGCUGCAGCAACACAAGGCAGGGCUGGCAUCAUUCAACUCUUAGCUGAGCAUGGUUGUGACAUCAACCAGAUGAAUGAGAAAGGGGAAACUCCAAUUAUGGCAGCUUUAGGAGAAGAUAGUCAGACUGCAGUAAGGGCUCUAUUGCAGUGUGGAUGUGAUCUUGAAUUACAAUAUAAGCUGAAGUGUCCACAAAUUUGCUGCAUUCUUCAUGAAGAUCCUCACCCACAUUUAGGAAUAGAACCUUUGUUUUUGGCCAUGACUCACAAAAAUUUGGAUACAAUGAAAAUGUUGCUACAAAAUUACAGGGUGGUUCCUUACAAAACUAUUCGUAUUUUAGAAUUAUUGCUCAAGAGAACUCAAGGAAUAAAUACACAUUACACACAAAAGCAAAAACAAGACAUAAUGGACUUGUUUCAUUUCUAUACUCAUAACCCAUUCACUCUGACUGAUGCAUGUAGAAGAUGUAUCAGGUCUAGUCUUUGUUCACCAAUACAUCAGAAGGUAGUGGUCCUUCCUGUAGCAGAGAAGGUGAAGGAAUAUAUUCUUAUGAGAACUGAGUUUGAUGGCUGGAUUGAACUUGAACAAGAUCUACCAGGUGGCAGUUCCGGAUUUUCAGAUAUUUUUAGAAGCAAGAGUCCAGUGUAAAUUUGCUAAAAAUUGAAACUGUUAGUUAUGAUUUUGUGCUUUGAUGGUUGAGCAUGAGAGUAGAGGAACUUUAUCAGAAAUACAUUUUAUAAAUUUAUUGCGAAAUUGUACAUUUAAAAGUGAUUCAACUGUUAUGUUUAUGUUCAUUUCUAUAUCAAGGCAUAAAAAUGUAGGUAUGUUUAAAUAAGUAAAAUGAAAAUAUAAAGGAAUAAAAAUAUUUAGCAUUUCAAUUCUUAGUUAAAGUUUUACAUAAAUCAUUUUUUUCAUUUAGCUGUUUCUUCAUAUCAGUAUUAUAGUUUUUAUGAAACUAUUUGACUUAAUCUUGUUUUCUUUCUUAUAUUGAAUUGAAUAUAAAAUGAAAAUGUCAUUGUUACAAUUUUCAAUAGUUGCAAGACUAAAACCUACAUAAUUAUUAGUAAACUAUAGAUCUAAAACCAUAAAAUUAUAUCAUGUUUCUGGAUCAGUGGAUCUGCUUUUACAAUUAAUGAAAACAUCUCAGAGGAUGCUUGUGUUUAAUCACUUAACUUGAACAUUUCAUAUUGUUAACUUUGUAAUGGAUUAGAGAUGCCAUUGCUAAUAAUUCCAUGAUUGUCUUCUGAAUGAAAGUUUAUAAACCAGGCUUGUUGCACUCUGUGUGUGCUUGAACUAAUUCAAAUAUUAUGCUAUUAGAUGUGUGCAAUAUUAUUUAUUACAGAUUAUUUUCAGUGCCUUAGAUUGGACUUUUGGCUCUUUAAGCACAAUCAGUCUAUUCAAUAUAUUAUGUAUACAUUCAAGAUUUAUGUCUAGAGCGUUACAGUACUGUUAUCUUUUGUUUUAAUAAAUCAAUUUGAAUAUUUA